CCCUCGAUGAGCAGCACACCGGCGGCCUCUGCAGCAGAAUCCUCUCUGCCCACAGCUACUCCAACCAUGCAAUUGCCAAGAACUGAGACUAAUGGCCAGCCGAGAAUGAGCAACACACCAGUGAAUAAUCAAGACAUACAAGAUGCAGAUAAUGUUCCAAGAGUUGGGAAGUGCUUUCAGUCUGAAGAAGAGGCGUACCAAUUUUACAAUUCUUAUGCUCAAACCAAGGGAUUUAGCAUUAGGAAGUGCCGCUUGAAGUUUAAGGCAGAUGGGACUUUAAGUUCCAGAUAUUUUGUUUGUAGCAAGGCAGGUGUGAAAAAUGCUAAUCCAACACAUGUGGCCAAGAAAGAACAAGCUAUUUCGAGGACUAAUUGUAUGGCUCGAGUUCAAUUCAGCAUCAAUCAAGAGGGAAUUUGGACCGCUCAGAAAGUUACGCUCGACCACAAUCACCAGCUUGUAAGUCCAGAUAAGAGGCACAUGCUUAGAUCGCAGCGUCAACUCUUAGAUGCCGAUCGCCACAUGAUUAAGCAAAUGAGGACAUCGGGAAUUAGACAAGCCGAAAUUUAUGAUUUUUGCGAGCUUUGGUAUGGUAAAGAUGCUAUACCCUUCUUGCAAAUGGAUUGCAACAAUUAUUUGCGAAGUGAGCGCUCAAAGUAUAUGGAAACCAAAGAUGCACAAACAUUAAUGGAGUAUCUAAAGAACAAGCAAGCUGAGGACCCUUCGUUUUUCUAUGCCAUGAGUUAGAUGAUGAUGAUGGUACAAUAAUGAACAUCUUUUGGACUGAUGGACAAGCUAUCAUGGACUAUUCUGUCUUUGGAGAUGCCCUUUCCUUUGACACCACAUUUUCAACAAUGGUGCCAUUUAGAGCUCCUGAACGAAUAAAAGGUUCAAAGCAAAAAAAAGAUCAAAAGAUGUGCUAGAGGGAGCAAAGAAAGGCAAAAAAAAAAGGUACCUUUGCUUGUUCUGUGUGAAUAAGUAGCAAUGUUUCAUUUCUAUUUCUUAUAUCUACAUACAAUUUGCAGGAAAAGG